AUGUCCUCAGCAGAGAAGCGGCUGCUGCCUCCCCCAGGCUACCAGGCCCAGGACGCCCUGCCCGGGCCAUGCCAAACCCAAGCCCAUGACCACGAGAAAGAGGAGUGCCACCCACCUGAUGCCGGUGAUGACCUCCGGGCUCCUCUGAGGAGGCCUAGACCCUCCCUGCAGCUGGGCACCUCUAAGAAGGCUCCCCGAGAGGCCUGGCUGGACCCCAGUGAGGUGCCGGCUGUCCCGGGACAGGCCAACAGCUGCCCCAUGUGGUCUGCAGGCGAGGAGCCGGAGAGCAGGGACCACGGCAGCAGCUCCGUGUCAUCCGGCCGCCUGUCUGGCUCCUCUGGGGGCCAUGAGUGCACGCUGCCACCCAGGGUCUGGAAGGAGCGGCCCCCUCAGGUGAUGCGUCCCCCGAGACAACCCAGGCAGAGUGACCCUCAGCUGGAGCGACUACGAGACAAGAUCCGGGCGCAGGCGGCAUGGCCAACCAGCUGCGGCUCCCUGGGCGCCUCGGCCCCGUGUGGUGCCUCACGCUUCUGCAAGGGCACCAAGCUGGGGUCCCGGAAGAAGGUCCGCAAGGUGGCUCACGUCUCUGCCAUCCAGACACGCCCAGACCUCAGUGUCCCCCGGGUCUCAGCGGUGGAAGACAAGACAUCCCCUGGUCACGGGUCUAAGCGUGCCAAGGCCUCCCAGCGCCAGGCCUCUGAUUCUGAGUCGGUGGGCGUGUACGCCUGGAGGAAAGGACCAGCCCUGGUGAAGUUGCUGCUUGGGCCCCAUUCUGUGGUUCCCAGGCGUCAGAGCCUGGCAUGCUCCCCAGAGCCCGCCCACCCUGAGGAAUUAGGAGACAGUAAGGCGAUUCCAGUUGCUGCACAUGAGCCAGCCCCUGCCCGGACGCCCAGCCCAGCCCAAAGUGACCAGCAAGUGUCUCCUAAAACACCCAGCCUGGCCUCCCUGGACCAGCCAGCCACUAUCCAGACCGCCAUGGCCAUCCUACAAGAUCUCCGCUGGCAGAUCCAGGCGGGGCUGGACUUGGCAAGACACUUCCCUGUUGGAAGGUUAAAAUCAGUGAAGAGACACCUCCCCAAGUCAGGGGAGCAGGGCGCCCAGGGUGACCUGGACGUGAAGGAUGCCUUCUCCCGAAGGUUUUGUGCCACAUCCUCAGACAAGGGCAAGGCCUCGCAGAGCGCCUGGGGCCUGCCUGGGCAGCCGCCCUGCAGCACCCCCACCAGGGUGGGGUCCUCUCCACAGAGGGCUUGGACAGCUGAGAGCCGGCGGACAACACUGUGCUCCUUCCCUCCUCGGCCCUGGAGUACUUCAGCUGACCUGAGUUGUGAAAACCAGGAGCCUCCUAUCCACCGGUCGUGGAACCUUCUAGAAAGGCAGACUCCUCCGGCCUGGCGACCUUGGAGCACUUCAGAUGGUUUCAGAGACUGGACCGCUUCUGUGCGCACCCCCAGGAACCUUGUAGAAGGGCCCGGUCCUCUGGCUCAGGGUCCCAAGAGCAGGCCCUUCGUGCACUGGACAGAGACUCCCCUGGACGCGCCAGGGAAGGCAAAUGUGGAGACGCUGGCGGCCGGCGGGAGGUCCCCGGGCGCCCCAGGCCCUGAACGCCGCUCUGCGUCCCUGCGUGCCUUCAUGAAGCAGAGGGCUCUGGCGCGGAGGCGGCAGGAGCAGGAGGAGAAGGCAGCAGCCGAGCGCGCACUGGAGCUGCGGACCCGCCGGCUGCAGGAAGUUUACCGCAAACAGAGGGAGGCGGUGCUCAGGAAGCCGGGCCCUGUGGUCUCCCAGACCCAGCCGGGCAUAGUGACCUUUGUGCAACACGCCACGCAGCCGGAGGACACCGACUCCUCACGGGGCCUGGGAUCUCCGGUGCUGGAGCGGAACAAAGUGACCUCAGGCAAGGUGACGAAGGGCCCCAAGGCCACAGGCAGCUUCUGCCUGUGUCUGAACAAAGCCUUCAGCCACCCCAAGACUCCAAAGGAAGAAGCCGGCAGCCCCCUGCAGUUGUCAGCAGAUGCCUCCAUGAAACCCUGGAAGCUCCAGGACCCCCCACCACAGCUCUGCAUCCACCUGGACCCCAAGUCCAAGCAGGCCCGGCUCCAGGCCCUGGAGAACACAGCCAACACCCUGAGGCACCGAAUUGACGCACUGACCGCAAAGCUGCAGCAGCCUUGGACCUUGGACACGCUUCUGGCCCCAGGCCCUGACCUGCCACUGCCUGUGCUGCCCAGCCCAGAGCCAGCUGUCCCCUCACUCAGCGCCUCGGCCUUGCCUGCAGCGUUAGUGCCCAGUGGGAAGCUGGUAGCACUUCCUUCUCCCUGCUAUCCGCUGGACUCUGAGAGGCUGCCCUGGAGCUCAGGCCCGGAACGGCGGCCGGGAGACAGUCCGUGGCACCAGUACACUGGCAAAUCCCAAGGACAGGAACUACGUGUGCUGGAGCAGAGGCUGGCCAGAGCUGUGGGCUCUUCCCACCUCGUGCAUGCCCUCGAAAGCAGCUGUUCCAGAGUCCCAGCCACCCGGGAUUCCCUUUGCAGUUCCUCGCGGCUGGAGGAUGUUCAGGCAGCCAGGAGGGCCAGCUCAGGGAUGCUGUGGAACCCUCAGACCUUGGGUAGGCAGGGGACUGGGGAGCUACACUUGGGGGACCUGUCAGGCAACCACUUCACCAGUAUUCAACAGAAGUCCCUGAGCUUCCUGGAGACAAUGAAGGAGCAGGUGAAGCAGUUGGUGACGCUGGCCCUUCUGCGGCAGCGGGCUGAGAAUGAGGUCCUGGAGAUGCAGGCAGCCCUGGACCCGCCCCAUCUACAGCCGCGUAUAGACACACACUCCACCCAGGCCAGGUCAGAGAAGAUAUCAGUGCUGGAGCAGCCACAGGCUUGUGGGGACCUGGACACUCCAUCUGUUUCCCCAGGGCCCAUGAAGGAAGCAGAGCAUCCCAACACAGCCUCCUCUCAGCUGCCUCCAUCCAGGCUGGGCCCUUGGAAAGAUAAGAAGAUGCAAGAGGGCCGGAAUCAGGGCUUAGGGCUGAAGAUGCUGGAGCAGAGCCUGCAGGAGGAGGAGCUGCGCGCCCAACACCAGGCUGCACUGAUGCGCCUGCGCGAGAAGGCGCUGGAGGAGAAGGCGCGGGCUGAGCUGGAGGGGCUGGAGCACCAGCGCAGCCCGGGCUCCGCCUCCCGACAGCCCCCCUCCCGCCAGGGCCCCGCCCCCGCCACGACAGGCCCCGCCUCCCGACAGGGACCCGCCUCCCGAUCGGGCCCCGCCUCCCUACAGGGCCCUGCCUCUUCAGUGGACCCACCUCUGGACUUGGGCCACACCUUUUUCCAGGGACCUGGAUCUGCACUUGGGUUCUACCUCUUGGGACUCUGGUGUCUGCGGGGCAGGAGAGAUGUGACCACUCUGGCUGACUUGAAAGAGCAGGAGCAGAGCAUCAUGGACAAGCUUCAGCAGGAGCAGGUGACAGCCCUGCGGGGCCGUGGUGGGGAGGGCACAGAGGAGGAAAGCUCUUUAGUAGCCGUGGACACCCACCUGAGCUGCACAGGACCACCGCAGUCCAACAGGGGCCACACGGCCUCAGGGGAAUGUGACCCUGGAGUCCUGGCUGCAGGUCACACUCAGCUUCUCACGCUGUGGCCUCAGGCCUCGCAGAACCUCUGUCCCCUCUUCUGGCAAUGGCUCUUCCCGAAAAUAUUCAGGCGCUGUUUGUAG